UUUGCAUAGUAUGGGACAAUCCCUCAAGAAAUUUGCAAAUGGUGAGCAGAGUGAUAAUAUUGGUCCAAUAAUAGACAAUUGCUACAUCACUCAUUUUAACAACACUAAGAAAUGGAGCUUAGCACAAUUUUGCCGUGCAGUCUGCCAAACAGUCGAAGAUAUCAACAAAGAGCUAGGGUGCACACAGUUAAGGGUGCCAGGGAUUGCCACACUCGAGCGGCUGCACCAAGAAUAUGAGAUUUGCAGUGGAAAAUCAUUGAAAAGGGAAGAGUAUCACAAAAUGCUUGUUGAAAUAAUUGGUGAAACAAAAAUCACAGGGUUGGGAGCCAAAGACGUAUUGUUAUACUUGUUUGGAGUCCCAUUCAUUACAUUAUUCAUCAAGCAAAGUGUUAUUCCACAAGCCAUCCCUAAUUACAUCUUUAUUCCUGGUGUCACUUCAGCAACUGUUUUUCUUCUAGCCAAACUCCAUAUGAUUUGAAUAUCUUAUUAUAAAAAUGUUAUCUCCACUUCUCUA